AUGACCAGCUAUCGCAAAGUAUUCAGUUCCAUAUCAGCUUUACCAAUCGGUGAAAACUCUGCAGACACUAUCAUCAGUAGCCUGAGCAGCUCUUCGAGUGGACCUGAGCUUUCUGAGUCUCCUUCUGCGAAGGCCAAGAUGAGGGCCAAUAGAAAAGAGGAGAGGUCUAUCCAAUCUUCUGUCCUUGCCCCUAUUGAGCCAUAUCUAGAUGGCCAAGAAAAGAAAACAACGGCUACUUCUAGCACCAAUCAAUCAAUAUCAGUGGCCAGCACUCUUCAGGGGGUGAAAAAUACCGAGACUUCUGGGCAACCAAAGAUUCGAAAAGAGGGCAGAAAAAGAAGGGUUGUUGACAGCGACGACGAAACGCCAAGAAAGCAACAAUUUGAUCCUAACGAAGUGCAUUGUAUGGGGACCACAUCGCAACCUGACUUAUCGGCCACGAUUACAGACGAGUUCAGCCUUGAUCCCAUCAUCACUUCCUCGUAUAUUGAAGAAGACUCAGAAUGUAUGCGCAGAAGCCAAUCUCCAAGAAGUGGACCAGGAGAUUUGACAAUUCAAACUGAAGAGGACACAACACUUGUCAGCAACAACAAUCUGAAGUCAGUUGAUCAAGACCAAUUGACCGGCACCCUUUCUUCAUUUCUCAAUAGAUUGCGACAGAUGGAGACCUUCGUCGUAAAGAGACAGCGUCACAUGCACCAAGAAUUGGAGGCAAGUGAACUGGAUAGGAAACAGCUUGUGUAUAUUAUCAGCCAAACCCAAGAAAUCUUGGGCGGUUUGAUGCCUGAUAAAGCACAAACUAAGGCGCAGCAGAAAAAUAUUUCGAAAUGCAUGCACCUCGGACCCUGA